AUGCCUCGGAAGCAGCAGGCUGACUGCGUCUUUCUCUUCACAUUCCUGGGUCUGUCUGGGCUGGUUGGUGCAGUUACCAGAACAUACCACAUUGGGAUUGUGGAAGAAUACUGGAACUAUGUGCCCCAAGGAAAGAACGUUAUUACUGGGGAAAGCUUUUCAGAAGACAAACUUGCAACCUUAUUUCUCGAAAGAGGGCCCAACAGGAUAGGUAGUCUUUACAAAAAGGCUGUCUAUAGACAUUACACAGAUGAGACCUAUUCCACGGAGAUCCCGAAACCUCCCUGGCUUGGAUUCCUGGGCCCUAUCUUGAGGGCUGAAGUGGGUGAUGUGAUUGUCAUUCAUUUAAAGAACUUUGCUUCCCGACCAUACUCUUUGCAUCCGCACGGCGUUUUCUACAACAAAGAUUCAGAAGGAGCUCUAUACCCAGAUGGAACAUCUGGAAGGAAUAAGGAUGAUGAUAUGGUUCCUCCUGGCAAAAACUACACCUAUGUCUGGCCAGUGAGAGAAGAAUAUGCCCCUGCUCCAGCGGAUGCCAACUGCCUGACCUGGGUGUACCAUUCGCACAUCGACGCUCCUAAGGACAUCUGCUCUGGGUUAAUUGGCCCACUGCUAGUGUGCAAGGAAGGUAUCCUGAAUAAAUAUUCAGGAACAAGGACAGAUGUGGACCGAGAGUUCAUUAUAAUGUUUACUCUGGUGGAUGAGAACCAAAGCUGGUACCUUGAUGAAAAUAUCAGACAUUUCUGCACUGACCCCGAUUCAGUUGACAAAAAAGAUGCUGUUUUCCGAAGAAGUAACAAAAUGCAUGCCCUCAAUGGAUACCUCUUUGGAAACUUCCCGGAGCCUGAUAUGUGUGUUGGUGAAUCGGUGUCCUGGCACCUAUUCGGGAUGGGGAAUGAGAUCGACAUCCAUUCCAUCUAUUUUUAUGGUAACACCUUCGUCAGCAGAGGGCAUCGGACUGAUGUCGUCAACCUGUUCCCAGCCACUUUCCUGACAACGGAAAUGAUAGUCGAGAAUCCUGGGAAGUGGAUGAUAACCUGCCAAGUUAGUGAUCACCUGCAAGCUGGCAUGCUGGGGCAGUACAAUGUUGGUAACUGCAAAGGUGGUAUUUCUCAUCCCAGGAUGACGGGUCAACAGAGGCGCUACUUUAUAGCAGCUGAAAAAAUUCUUUGGGAUUAUGCUCCUCAAGGCUAUAACAAAUUCAGUGGUCUUCCCCUAAAUGCCUCCGGCAGUGACUCCGAGCUCUACUUCACACAAGGGGACAACAGAAUUGGAGGAAAAUAUUGGAAGGCUCAGUAUAUGGAGUAUGUUGAUGCAACUUUUACUCGAAGAAAGAGACUCUCUGAGGCAGAAGCCCAUCUUGGAAUUCUUGGCCCCGUCAUCAGGGCUGAGGUGGGUGAUACCCUGUUAGUGACCUUUGCCAACAAAGCCGACAAAGUCUACAGUAUUUUGCCUCAUGGCGUCAUCUAUGACAAGGCCUCUGAUGCAGCCCCGAACGUAGAUGGAUUUCUGAAACCAGGGGCACAUGUUAAGCCGGGUGAAACCUUCACAUACAAAUGGACGGUGCCUGAAAGUGUAAGCCCGACAGCCAGUGAUCCCCCCUGUCUGACCUACCUUUACUUCUCAGCGGUUAAGCCAAUCCAGGACACCAGCUCUGGCCUUGUGGGGCCCUUGCUAGUCUGUAAAAAGGGCGUUCUCAAUGCUGAUGGGACACAGAGAGGAAUCGACAAGGAAUUUUAUCUACUAUUUACAGUCUUUGAUGAGAAUCUGAGCAGGUAUCUUGAUGAAAACAUUCAGAGGUUUACAUGGCGUCCCUUCAGUGUUGACAAAGAAGACAAAGAUUUUGUGAAGUCCAACCGAAUGCAUGCUAUUAAUGGCUAUAUGUAUGGCAACCAGCCAGGCCUAAGCAUGUGCAAAAAGGAUAGAGUUUCCUGGCAUAUGAUUGGAAUGGGCACCGACACUGAUAUGCACGGAGUUUAUUUUCAAGGGAACACCAUCCACCUACGAGGAACUCAUCGUGACACCCUGGCCCUGUUUCCCCAUACCUCCACAACGGUGUUCAUGCAGCCAGACCAUGCAGGUAUUUUCAGGGUGUUUUGCUCCACCUUGCACCACUUCGUGAGAGGCAUGAAUCAGAUAUAUGAGGUCAACAGCUGUGGCAACAAGGACCCUUCUGAGCAGCCGUACGGGAUGAUAAGAACCUUUUACAUCGCCGCUGAAGAGGUAGAAUGGGAUUAUGCCCCUAACAAAAACUGGGAGUUCGAAAAGCAGCACGCGGACGCAGGAGGGGAAAGACAUGGAGAUAUAUUUAUGAACCACACUGAAAACUGGAUUGGCUCUCAGUACAAGAAAGUGGUUUACAGAGAAUACACCGAUGGGGAAUUUGUGGAGAUCAAGGCCCGGCCGCCACGAGAGAAGCAUUUGGAACUGCUGGGCCCAAUGGUUCAUGCCGAGGUGGGUGACUCCAUCCUGGUCAUAUUUAAGAACAAAGCUAAGCGGCCCUACUCCAUCUCAGCCCAUGGUAUUGAAGACAUGGAUAGUGGGAAGCAACUCCAAGUGCCCAUCACAAAGCCAGGAGAAAUAAAAACUUACAGGUGGAAUGUCCCUAAAAGGUCUGGUCCAGGACCAAAUGACCCAAAUUGUAUUCCGUGGGUUUACUAUUCAACAGCAAACUUUGUGAAGGAUACGUAUAGCGGUUUGAUGGGUCCUCUGAUUAUUUGCAGAGAAGGGGUAUUGAAUGAAAAGGGAAGAAGAAGCGAUGUUGAUUAUGAAUUUGCUCUCCUGUUUUUGAUAUUUAAUGAGAAUGAAUCCUGGUAUCUGGAUGACAAUAUUAAGAAGUAUCUCAAUAAAGAUCCACGAGAUUUUAAGCACACUGACGAUUUUGAAGAGAGCAACAAAAUGCAUGCUAUCAAUGGAAAGAUUUUUGGGAAUCUCCAUGGUCUUAUCAUGAAUGAAGAUACAAUGACAAACUGGUAUCUGUUGGGACUAGGAAAUGAAGUGGACAUACAUACCAUCCAUUAUCAUGCUGAGAGCUUUCUUUUCAAAAUAGAUAAAUCUUACCGAGAAGAUGUGUAUGAUCUCUUUCCUGGGACAUUCCAAACCAUUGAGCUGUUUGCAGAUCACCCAGGGACAUGGCUGUUACACUGUCAUGUGUCUGACCACAUCCACGCUGGCAUGGAAACAACUUACACGGUCCUUCGGAACAUAGACAACAGGAUCCCUUACUCCACCAAGUCUCCGUCUGGAGCAGCGUCCACAGUGCCCCCCAACGAAGAACCUGGCAAGGAGCAGCUCUAUUUCUUUGGCAAGAAUCUGGGUCCUAGGGGGGCCAAAGCAGCCUUGGUCAUCCUCUUCGUCAUUGGCCUCCUCCUCCUGGCCUCCACAGUGGUUCUCUCCCUCAGUCUGCACUCUGCAAGGAAGCGGGGUGUGUACCAGGAAGUCCAGUCCUGCGCACUCCCCACGGAUGCUCUGUGA